CCAAAGUUAUUAUCGAGUUCGAUGACUGAACCAAUAGGUUGAAAGUAGUCUUGAUAUUGAUAAAAAAUAAUUACACCAAUUUGUUUCGAAAUAGAGAAUUAUGCCUUAUAUUUCAAUAUUUGCUCCAAGGUGACUUUACAAUACACGAUAAUAAAAAAGAAGAAGAACUGUUUUGACUUUUAAUAUAUCAUUAAGUUAAAAUACUAUCAACAUAAGUUCAGAAAGUUUAAUACUCAAUUUUGGAAUAUUUUUUUUGCUUAUGAAAUUAAUACAAUCACAUACACAAAUUGCAAAUGGCACAAAAAGUUGUUAAGGACGAAAUAAUUGUUAGUGAUAAUUUUGUUUGCAAUAUAGAGCAAAACUCGAUUGAAGAAGUACUGAAGCUAAAAAUGCCAAAUAAAAAAAUAAAAAGUGAAAAUUCAAUUAAACAAGAAAUAAAUGAUGAAUCAAAUACAGCUGAACUACAAAAAAUAUCUAAGGAUAUUAUCAAAACUCCAAACAUGAGACACACGCAAAAAAAUUUGAAAGUUAACCAUAAAAAAAAAAUUAAAUUUAAAGUUUCAGAACUGCUAAGAAAUGGAAAACAUGUCAAACCAAAUGCUAUGGGGUUGAUGAUAUGUCUAUAUUGUGGAAAUUUAUAUACUAAACAACUAGAAUUUUUAUAUCAUUUUCCUACAAAGCAUUGUAUAAAAAGAAAUGAAUUGUAUAGCAUUAAAUUUUAUGACAAAAACAGGAGUUAUAUCAAAAGGGGAAUUACAAGCAUUCCAAAAAAUCUUGAUGAAAGUGAAGUCUUCAGAAUUGAAUUGACAGAAGAGUUUAAAGAUAGUUGGAAAACUUAUGGAAAUGAGAAUUUCAGGCUCUUGGUAAAGGAGAGUGAUUUAAAUAGUUCUGUGAAAAGUGAAAAGUUGUUCAAAUGUUGGAUAUGUCCAAAAACUUUUUCACAUAAAAGCAGUUUAAACAGACAUUUGCGUAGUCACUCCGGAAAAAAGCCGUUCAAAUGUGACAUUUGUUUGAAAAUAUUUUCACAAAAAUGCCAUUUAAAUUCUCAUAUGCUUGGUCACACAGGGGAAAAGCCUUUCAAAUGUAAUAUUUGCUUUAAACAGUUUUCACAAAAAAAUAAUUUGAAUUCACACAUGCUUAGUCACACAGGUGAAAAGCCUUUCAAAUGUGAUGUUUGUUUGAAAGCUUUUUCACAUAAAAGCAAUUUAAAUUCACAUAUGUUCAAUCACACUGCGAAAAAGCCUUUUGAAUGCCACAUUUGUUUGAAUUCGUUUUCACAAAAAAUAAGUUUGAAAUCACAUAUGCUCAGUCACACAGGGGAAAAGCCGUUCAAAUGUGACAUUUGUUUGAAAACGUUUUCUCACAAAAGUCAUUUGAACACACAUGUUCUUAGUCACACAGGAGAAAAGCCUUUUAAAUGUGACACAUGUUCGAGGCAGUUUUCUCAGAAAAGUAAUUUAAAUUCACACACACGUUGUCAUACGGGUGAAAAACCAUUCAAAUGUGACGUUUGUUCAAAGUCAUUUUCACAAAAAGGUCAUUUAAAUUCACAUUUGGUAAGUCACACAAGGCAAAAGCCUUUUAAAUGUAAGGUCGAUACUACUGACAAUGUCGACACAGGAAUAAAAGAGGAUUCGAAGAAAGCAAAUGGAUUAACACUCAAAUGUGACAUUUGUUUGAAAACAUUUUCACAUAAAAGUAAUUUGAACAGACAUUUUUUGAGUCACACAGGAAAGAAGCCGUUCAAAUGCAACAUUUGUUUGCAAAGUUUUUCAAGGAAAACUGUUUUAAAUACGCAUUCGCUUCUCCAUACAGGAGAAAAGCCUUUCAAGUGCGACCUUUGUUUGAAAGCUUUCACACAGAAAAGCAAUUUAAAUUCACACAUGAUUAAUCACACAGGGGAGAAGCCUCACAAAUGCGAUAUUUGUUUGAAAAAGUUCACGCAAAAAAGUCAUUUAAACACACAUAUGACGAGUCAUACAAGGGAAAAGCCUUUCAAUACAAAUUUUCACAAAAAAUUAAUUUGAACUCACAAAUUGGUUUUUGAAAAUAUAUUUGCAUCGCCACAAAAUUUUUCUGUGCCGCUGUCUGACAAUCUCAUCACCACAAUGGCCCCCCACACCUAAAUUGCAAUUGAAAAGAAACAAUACACUUAUCUUUGACUUUUUAUUAUUUACUCAAAUAAAUGAUAACAAAAAAAUUAUUGAGCAAUGUUACGUUACUUUUCCUGGUAACUGUGACAUUGAAAAACAUCUGUCUGUAUCUAAAUAGUACUGGUUAUCUGGUUUUGAUUGCCUCCAUUGAGAUGCUUGUCCAAACCAUCCAGAAACUUCCUCAAAAAUCCACGUUUUCUAUUAUACAACACUGCGCAAAUCUUCCUCCAGUUCUUCUGUAAACUCGUCCUCGUCUAUCGCUACUAUGCAGCCACGUCUUCGACUCAUUGUUCGUCAGUCCAUUUAGUCUAAUCUCGUGUUAUAUUGUAGACGGGCUGGGGUUAAUUUGGGGCUAGUAGCUGACUAUCUAGACACUCCUCGCGUUUAUCGUUUCUUGUUAACAAAGAUGUGUAUCCAGUUAACGUUUGAUGGUCAACUGGUAGUGAUGGGUCAGGUCAAUAACGUUUUAUAAACUUACAAUUAUCAAUUAAGCAACCUUUAUAACGAAUAUUUGGUAUGUAAAAUCGAUUUUGUUUUGUAAAGGUCGUAGUAGAUAAAGAUUUAGUAAAAGUGCCGCCUUUUA